AUGUCCAUCACUACGUGCCAAAAGGUCACCCUGAUCUCCUGCUCUGUGCUCUGUGUGUCUCUGUUUCUGCCCCGGAUGCUGCUGCCUAGAGCCAAGGAGGACACGGUUCAAAAGGAGGUUGGGCCUGGAUACUACCCUCCCAUGAUGCUCCGGGCCCCUCUGUCCCAGGACUCAGAGCAGCUGGGGCUGGACCCUGUGCACGCUCUCACUCACCACCAGACUGUGGCCAGACUGAGAGGCAUCGGCCGAAAGACCAACCUCAUGACUCAAGUCAUCCCCAUCUACGGCUUUGGGAUCCUCCUCUACAUCGUCUACAUCAUCUACAAGCUGACGUGUAAAGGAAAUCCACCUAAAUCUUAUCACUACAUUACGACAUACAAGGCACAACUGGACUAUACAAAGUUAAAUGAGUAUGAGCUCGUCAAGCUCCAGCGGAGACUGCUGCAGACGGAGCAGAUGAUGGAGAUGAUUGUCUCUGGGAAGAGCAGAGGAGCUGGAAGUGGCCGAAGUAAGAGAAGUAAACAGUCAAAGAGAGAAGAGAAACUAUUGAGACACUUGAGACAGAUCACUGAACUGAUGCAGGAGGGACGACUGGAGGGAACAUCACCUGAGAUGGAGGCGGAGGAGGUGCCAUAUUUUGCUGGCUGGGAAGGUUACCCAGAGGAGACAUAUCCACAGUAUGAAGAGGAGCCCUGGAACAGAAAGAGAUGCAAAAUAGCGCCUCUAGUGGUGACUCUGAGUCAGCCCACAGCAGAGGCCCUGGCUGAGAGGAUGGAGCAGGAGGAGGAAGACCUGGGCCCGAGGAAACUAGAAGUACUGCACGAGGAGGAUGAAGAGGAGGAGGAAGAGGAGGAAGAGGAGGAAAGAGAGGAAGAAGGAGAAAAGGAAGAUGAAGAAGAAGUAGUAGAUGUUCUAGAAGAGGAGGAGGAAGAGGAGGAGGAAGAUGAGAGUAGGUGUCUGCUGAGUCCUCCUUCCCCGAUGCUGGCCUCUGAGAAGAAAGAGUUUCUCGGGCUGGAGCUGAGCACAGAGCUGCGCAGCCACAGCCCAGGGAAAAAAAUCACCUUUAGUGAGCACCGCGAUGUGUACCGUUAUCCACGAGAAGACGCCUGUGAAGAGGACAAAGGAGGACAAGAGGAAGAGGAGGAAGCGGAGGAGGAAGAGGAGGAAGAAAGUGAGACUGAGGAGGAGGUCCCUGCGGUGAGAGAGGAGCCAGAUGAGGAGGAUCCCGUCAUGGAGGCAGAGAGUCUCCAGUUCAGCUGUGAUGUUGGGACAAACCCAGAGAGAGAAGCGGAGGAGGAGACAGGGGGCGCUCUCACUGAGGCCGGGGAGGAUUUUGUCCCACCACAGGGUCCUGUUCCAGAGCAGCAGUCUAAACACAGGACCAUCAGUGGACUGCGUAUGCGAAACAGGAGGGACACAUAG